AUGGGAGGUCUCGGCUUUCCAAAACUAGCUACCUACUAUGAAGCAUCCAUCCUCGAAUCAGCAAUCCGUAUCCAAGCCCCCAGAAACACAUUUCAGUGGGCUGACAUGGAGCAGGAAAAAUUCUCUCCGCACCUCAUGUUAAACAUACUAUGGUCCCCCAAAUUAUACAGACCAAAGAAACUCCAAUUAUACCCCACCACUAGACUGACUAUACAAAUAUGGGACAAACUAUUGAUCACCUUAUCUGAGAAAGGAAAAUUCUGUAUAUAUGCCCCGUUGGAGGCACUGGAAGGAGUAUCGGACUGGUUGUCACUAAAACCCUGGGCCACGUAUGGCGUUAAACAUAUCAAAGACCUCUGCUCCCAAACCGACCUCAUGGCCUUCCCUACAUUACAGACCAACUACAAGAUACCCAACUCCUUUAUGUUCCAAUACAUACAACUAAAGAGCAUUGUGCACACCAGGGUGACAUUGAAACUCCCGACAACUCCACCAAAAGGGACCCACACAUUGACUAUCAUUACAAGAUGCCUGUCGGCACCGACAAAACCCAAAUCCCUAUCCCUAUGUUAUAAGACCCUUCUAAGCUACACACCACCACAUGCUUUUAAUUAUGUAAAACAAUGGGGGAAAGAUAACAUACCCGAACUUACCGAUAGCCAAUGGUUCCAGUCAUUGAAUGCUCUACGAGGCCUCACAUCUUGUUUCUCUCAUGUGGAG